UUUCUCGCAAAUAACGGGACUAUUUAUUGCAGAUUUGCAAACCUAUGUAAUAUGAUGGAAUGUUGAAAGAACAAUAUAAGCUAGCAGGUAAAAUAUGGACCAGGUACAUCCCUCCUACAGGGGAUCAGGAGAUACUAAUGAUGAGGGAUCUUCAAAUCCACCUCAGUCCUCCUCUAACGACGGUUUGAUCAGAAAAUUGCUACAGUCUUCCCCACUUGAGCUGUCACAGCUGUCAGGAUCUGGGUCUCAGCAGUCACAGUACGAUUUAUCUGAAAAUCAUUUGGCGCAAUUUAUCAGCCCUGUGAAACAGCUCCCGCCACGUGCUCUUCUUAGUCCUGGCCGCCAGCAGACGGUGAAAUACCGUUUAGAUGAAGACCGUCAUGUUGGACCAGCAUCAAGAUUAGCUGGGACUGAUCGAUUGAUCGCUUUGAUCCAACUUGAUCAUUCCUAUUCUAAACCCUGGAGACCAGAUGCCUCCAAUACAUUACCAACUAAAAUAUUGUUUUCUGAUCGAGUUGGCAGUAGUACUACAAACUUUAACAUUACAGAUGACGAUGAUGAGAUCAACAUUGAACUUGAUCCCAUCAAACCUGUUCCUCCAUACGAUCCCCAGCAGGCUAGAAAGGCGAUGUCCGAGUGUAAGAGAUUUUCUAGUUUUGCCAACCCACAUCUUCAAGAUACAGAAGGACAAGGGUGGGAGGAGGCGGUUGUUAAGGAUGGUUGGACACAGCAACAAAAAGUUCUCUACACAAAAAUGAUAAAAGUUUUACAUUUGGACAGACUUAGCCGGUUAUCUCAAGAGGGCCGGGAUAACGAGCCAGUACUCCGUAGAAUAACAGUGGAUAAAUCAGCAAAGAGAGCCCGAAGUGUUCUGUCCUCACACCCUGUGUUGUGGGAUACAAAAACCAUGCAAUGGUUGCAUUCUGUGUUCUCAGAAUACCUUCCUAAACCAUACUUAGCUGCCUGGAUAGAUAUUAUACAGACUUUAAAGAGCAAAGUGCCAGCAUUGAUUGAUAGAAUGCUUACCCUUCAUCUCAACCCAACCUCGGAAUCUAAAAUUCAUCAGAUCAUGGCUGAGGGUUUCUCCGUGUUAUUGAACCGACCCUGGGAUCCUGCAGCUAGCAGUAUAACCCGGAGAAGGUUGGAAAAACUACCUGGAAAUCCGAUCAUCAUUGUGGCUCCGUCAGGGCCCGGGGAUCCUAAGAAGAUGUCACGUCGUCUCCGACUUUGGAACAACCAGCUUGGGUGUCUAGGAAAGGUUAUUGUGAUAAAUGUUCCGAUGUUUAAAGGAGAAGCAUCAUUAAAUCAUACCGUCAACCAUUACCUUUAUCAGAUGGUAUCAGCAACAUUGGGCAAGGUUCGGGAAUGCAAGAACAAUUUAUCCGAUCGACCAGUUGUAUUGAUGGGUUGGGGUGCAGGGGCUGCUAUUGCAGUACAUAUAGCUGGAGUAGAGAAACUAGCAGGGUUGGUUUGCCUGGGGUUUCCAACUAUGAGCUUAUCAGGGAAUAGAGGAGAGCUUGGAGACCCAUUGCUAGACAUCAAGACACCAACCUUGUUCGUUGUCGGAGAGAAGUCCUCCUUGUCGAACACAGACGACAUUGAAGAUUUCAGAGAACGCCUGCCUGUCGAAACGGGACUAGUAAUAGUUGGUUCAGCCGACAACAACCUCAGAAUGACGAAACGUAAAAAGCGCCAGGCUUGUGUGACACAGUCAAUGGUAGAUCAAAGUAUUAUGGAUGAAAUCCGCGAGUUUUUGGCGGGAAUUUUAACAAGUUCUUGUCGGAAUAGUUAUGCUACAUUUGCCGUUCCGAGCAAUGACAAUAUCCUGUCUGUCGGAAGUUCGACCAAGAAGGCCCGUGGGAGGAAAAGAAAUAAUUCUAGCCAGGACGGUUCAGGUCCUUUGUCUCCAAACAAGAGGAGGCCUGGGAGUAGACCAACUACUCCAGGUUCUGCUCCAGGAAGCGGGGGGAGUACUCCGAUAAAACUUAACCCAGGUUCCCCUGCGAAAAGAAGAAAGAAGGCUCGCAAAUCCCUUUCAGCAGAGAUAGGAACCAGUUUUCCUGCGCAAGUUGUUGGAUCUAAUCCGUUUCCUCCCGGAUUAUUAUCCAUCUCCUCUCCACUUCCACAAUCCACCCUAGGAUCAGAUUCUACCUCACCACCUCCCCUCACCAUCAGGGUUCCGAUAUCUCUUCCUACAACAAUAUCUCCAGUAACCAGUCAACAUACCCACCCUGCUCUUACUCCAGCUGGAGGACCACAGCUUGCAGGAGUAAGAUCUUCCAACCCUAUGUUGAGUCCUCAAAUCAGAGCUCCUGUUCCUCCACCUCCUGGAGUACGAAUCCAGAACAGUAGCAGGAUGCCUUCUCCUGUUCGAGGACCAAUUCCUGUUAGCCAAUGGGGACCUGUCAGAAACCAUGCACCACGGGGACCUUCUUCUGCCAUCAGGACGUCCACCGUUCGGGGACCUACGCCUGUACUAAGUCCAACUCCGAGGGGACCUACUCCUCAAAGAAUGCUGUCGGCUAUACCAACUAAUCCCAGACUAUUGCUUCCUUCGUAUUCCUCUACUAGUGGAAUAUCAAGGACAAGUUCAGGAACAGUAACUGGUUCUCUAGCUUCAUCUCCGAGAGUAAUUCAGUAUGCGGCGAAGAGCAACAAAGCACUCAAUCAAUCAAGCUCUGAAGGGAGUGAUCCGAAAGCCCCGAGUCAGUUCCAAAAUAACGUAUUGGGGCGACCAGCUGGGGUGCCUGGCAGUUUGGUACAGCAAACUCUACCGGUUAACCAGGGUGUCAGUCCGGUACAAGGUGGUCAAGGUGUACAGGGCCGACCGAGCGGCCAGGACAAGCUCUUUAUCAUAUCUGUACCGGCCGGUGAGGCGGGGAAGAACACUAUUAACAAUCUUUCAUUACCCACGACAAGGCCUGGUGGAUCUUCAUUGCAAAUCACACCUGUAAACCAAUCACAAAGCCAAUCUAAACCAACAUCCGUCAUAUCUUCUUCAUCCACUUCACCAGGAAAACUUCCGGUCUCCAGUCAACCUGCUUCCGGUUUUACACCAGUCUCCACUCCACAGCCGGAAGUGAAGAAACCGGAAGCUGUAACAGAACGUCAGGACGUGGCACAGAUACUGGCCAGUUUGUCGGGGUUUGUGGGAGAUAAAUCAUAGAAUACAUAUAUAUUGUACAGUGUUUUUCGGUCAUUUUUACUUUGUACAGUUUUCAUACAAAGAUUUAUGUAAUUUAAGUUUGAAGUAUUCUGCUAAUUGCCAAUGAUCAUGAAUUUAUCAGCUUUUUUAUUUUUACCUCAAUGCGUGAAAUAAAACUUAUAAUUAACUGUAAAAUUUCAGAAA